UUCCUAUUUUAUCAUCAGUUAUUGGAUUAUAUCAUGUUAAGAUAGCACGUACUUUAGAAUCAAUAAUCGAACAGCGAGUAAGGUUUGAUUUUUAUUGGAUUUAUUAUUGUAUAAACUUGUUAUAAUGAGAAGAAAUUUUGUCUAACGGACGCCAGUGUAAAGUGAAACAGUAAUUAUGCUUUUUACGCCAAUUUACAUUGCUAUGACUUUCAUUAAGACCUGGCGAAUACGUUCGUUUAGAGCGCGUCUUUUGGAAUUUCUCAGUGGUAAUACUAGUGUCGCGUUCUGCAAAGUACCUGAAAAUGCUGCAGAAACCCCAACACUCAGUUCAAAGUUAUGUAUCAAUCCAAAGAAUGCAUACUUGUGUGAUCUGCUUGACUAUACCAAUGCAUCUAGGAUAUGUAGCAUGAAGCCUACACAGUGUAUAGAAGUUAAUGACUGGGUGUCAUGUGCCACUGGUCUACCUUUGGGCUCAAGGGACUUCUCAUCUGAAGCUGAUCUUAAUGUUGAAGUAUUAUUUGAGUGUGAAAUGGAACCACAUGAAGAGAGCUCCUAUCAUGACAUUGUUACACUUGAAUCAAUGGGACAACCUGUAGCUUGGAAAGCAGGAUCUCACCUGGCAAUCGUAUUGAAAACAAACAUUGAAAAUCUAAGUGUGGUUGGCUUUCAGUUUGUUGGCGGAGAGUUUAUUAUUGAUCACAAAUUACCAGUUGUAAGAAUACAAACUGUUCAAAUAUCGGGAGAACCAAAUAAAGCAACGGACCUCUCGAUGAGAGGGCUUCGGAGCGAAAUACAGCAUAGUUUAAAACAAUCACACGAAGAAUUCCAGUGGCCAAUUCAUGCCGCCCUUCUAAGAAAGUUAUCCAAAGUAGUUGAUAUUAAGUCGGAAAGAAGAAAUGGCGUCGAAAUGAAUGGCGGGAGUGACCAAGUUCUUGAUACAACUCCUGUAGGUAGAAGAAAUGUUACCCUCACCGAUGUUAGUACGAUCACAACCAAAUCUCUCUCUGCCGAUGAAGAUGAGCCAGAGAUCUCGAAACCAGUUGAGAUUGAGGUGAUACCCCCAAAAACGUCGCCAAUGAAGUCACCAGUAAAAUUAACAGAAACAAUUACUGAAAGUAUAAUACAUAGAUCGCCAGAAAGGAAACAAAGAAAGUCUCCUGAAAAAGGUCUAGGCAAAUCACCAGAAAGGAAACUUGUAGUUCCUGAAGGUGGGGAAUUAGUUGUCGAAAAUGUGACUGUCGAAAUACAACACAAUAUAACACCAAAGAAGUCUAGCCUUAAAUUGGAUUUGAAGAAGGGAACAAGUCAACUCUCCUCUUCAUUGCUCAACAUAUCGAGUCAAAUAAAAUCGAUAACAACUCAUAAAAGAGUCGUCAGCACAACCGCCCCAAAAAGGCCGCAAAGUCAAAUGGAGACGACUUCUCAAAUAAAAGAGGAAACGCCAAAGAGUUCGCCUUCUCAAAUGACACCAAAAUCUACGAAAAGUUCCCGUCCAUUAGUGAAUACUAAAUCCCCAAAUGUAUUAAUCUAUGCAGAUAGUAUAGUAGCUAGAGAUAAUUUAGAAGCAUCUCUGAAAAAAGUAUUAGAUUGCGAUAGGUACACAGUUUACAGUGUGACGCGAGAAGCCCUUUGCGCAGGCGCUUGGCGGGGCAGAGCGGCACUAGUAGCCGUUGCGGGCUGUGCUGGCAGAGCCGCGCCGUUGUUGCUGGCUCAUCUCCUGGACGGAGGAAGAUUACUGGCUCUCUGCUCCGAUCUCUUGCACACUGUGUUGCCGCAUUAUAAGACUGCUGAGAUAAGGGAAAAUGAGGUAGUGCAAUUCUCCUACGACAAAUGGAAGUCAGUUAAAAUGAAGCAUCAUAUCUUCUGCUACCAAGCAUCGCCUGCUAAAAAACAGUUUUCAACAGAGAGUGAUAGACAAGCCAGUCAGGACGCUAAUAUGUGUUGGCCAUCGAAAUACACUGGGCACCCGGGCCACGAGCUCGACAUCCAAGUGCUGGCAUCUGAAGAGACUUGGCGUACUCCGUCGUUACUGCAGGCCACCGACCUCACCAAUAACGGCGUCGCGAUAUUUUCGCAGAUACACCUCGAAGCCGAUCCUUGCGACUACCUGCGGGAAGAGGGCGUGAGAAGUAACGAAGCCAGAUUGGAAAUCUUACACAAAAUCUUAGGAGAUAUUCUAGGCCUCCAUGUGAAAGAUACAAAGGAACUGACUCAAUUGGAAUAUACUAGAGGAUAUUUCCUCGGCAACCACGUGCAAAAAAUGUCGCUAGUGGAGGAGUGGUGUAAAGCGGUCGAUGGAAAGCGCGUGCAGAAACUCGCUGACUUGACCAUACACUGGUGUAUGAGGAACGAAGCCGCUAUCGAACCCCCCUCUGAAUCCUUCCUACCUGUUUAUUUGUAUGAGUGUCCUGAACAUUUCUCGACUGUUGAAUAUUUUGAUAAUCUAACAUCAACCCACCUGGGUCGGGUGGUGAUCUACGCGGAUGUGAUGUCAACCACCCUGGCGGUGAUGAGCGCCCCCCUCGCGCACGGGGUGGGUGCCGUGGCGCGCAGGCAGGCGGCCGCCCGGGGCAGGGGUGGCAACCAGUGGAUCACUACCCCGGGACAGGCUGCCAUGUCCUUGCAGGUGUGGCGGAAGGUUUCCCCAACUUUGCCGCUGGUACAACACGCGGCCGCGCUAGCAGCCGUGCGUGCCAUACGCUCGGAUCCGGCGUACGAUCAACUUGAUAUAAGAAUAAAAUGGCCUAACGACAUUUACUUCGGGCGUGAUACGAAAAUUGGCGGUACUAUCACUACGGCCAAUUGUAUCAGCAACGAUGUUAUCGUUGAUAUAGGCACAGGUGUGAACAUUUCGAACAGCGUCCCAACAACGUGCGUGAACGAUAUUAUAGCAGACUUCAACAAGACGCACGGCACGACUCUGGCGUCGAUAUCGAUAGAGAAGUUCCUCGCGCGAUAUUGCUCCCAACUGGAGAGGAUCUUGGAGUAUAUAGAGAGUGACGGCGGCGUUGAUGCAUUUCUCGAACAGUAUUACCAGUAUUGGCUACACAGUGAUGAAGAAAUUCGAGUUCAAAGCAGCGACAGCAGCAGUCCAGUGAUGGGCACUAUCAGUGGGCUGGACUCGGCUGGCUGGCUGCUGGUCAAAACCAGUAGCGGGGAAAUACGUGUCGCGCCGGAUGGAAAUACUUUCGAUAUCAUGAGUGGACUCAUCGCCCCUAAACUGUAGAUCCAUGGUGCAAGUAGCUCACACUGCCAUCAACUCAUUUGUGAAGUGAAGACGAGAAUAUACUACUUCUUCUUCAGACUACACUUCUUUAGUUUCUCCAAUUAGUAAAGAUUUGUUAAAAUCAAAUUAAAAUUUCUUUAUUCAUGCCUAUCACAGGCACUUAUGAAGCGUUCAUACAUAUAUGUUUACUUAAUUGUAAGGGGAUGGUGAUAAGUUUCACCGACUUAAACCUAAAUCUACGGGAGUUCCAAACGCGCCCUGGUCUAAGAAGAGCCCACAACAAACUUAGCCAGGUAAAAUUCGUUUAUUCACUGUGACUUCCAACUCAUUUAUGAAGUGAAGUAGAGAAUUUGCCACUUCUUCUUUUACUUUAGGUGCUUCUCCAAAUAGGUUAGGUUAGAUUAUAUGCGGAGACUUUUUUCAUCAUAAAAGAAUGACCCAGUUAAUCUCAUCAAUACUAUUCAACGGUACAAAGAAUAAACAUAAAAAUAUGUUUAUAAAAUUAAAUUAACAGCGUUGUGUUAAGAAGCAUGCUAUAUCGAGUGUUAGCGGUGCAGUGAGGUGGCGGUAUCAAUUCAAUAAAUUGCGUAUAAAUUUAUCACCCAGUAUAUAAAAAUAUAUUCUAAUCAGCUGCUUCUAAAUCUAUACUGUGAUAUUGUCUGUCCACACUGUUGUUUCAUAUGACAUUAACUCGUGUGUCAUUUUAAGGGCCGCACUUUUUUAGAUUACUUCGUCCUGUGCAAACUCGCCUUUACCAACUCCCCUUUAAAAAAAUUGUAUUUCCGUCACAAUAAAACUUAUAAAUGUGGCCAGUGUGGAAUGGUUUAUGUGAAAUUUCUGUGUAAUUUCUGUGAAAUUAAUAUAAACGGUUAGUUUGCCUCCUCCAGUUCACAGAUAAGUUAAUGGCACUGCUAAAUCACCUGUAUACAAAUCUCGUAACAAAACUGACAGUUCUAAAAUAUUUCUAUCUUACUGAGAAUAUUUCUAAGUAUUGCUCAUAAUUUUAGAUCUGUCUAAUUAAAUUUGUAUAGUCCAAAAAGUGGAAUUGAAUUGUUGUAUACCUUGUCACAUUGCGAUGUUUAGCCAAAAUAGCUUAGAAAAAAAUAUCUAAAACGAUUUGGGCAAGGUUGGAAUAUGGAAGAAACCGUCCUGCUUGUAAAGAUAACUGACGUUAUAUAUGCGUGGAUAUCUGAUGUCGUCAUAUCUUACUAUGCCUUAAUCAAAAAUAUACUGUCAGCAUUUUAUUAUUACUGCGCCGGAAGUAAAUGUUUUAAGGUAACCCUUUCCGGAACUUAAGUUGACUCCAUAAAAAAGUUAUCGGUAGAACAUUCUCCUAUUUAUUAUGCUGUAUCCUAAACUAAGGUAGAUAUAGCUUUCUCAUCAUUAUGAACACACAAAUAAAAAAAAAAAAACUAACUAAAAAUUUUAAAGGAAAAUAUAGGCGCCAUUUACAAAUUGCAGAUAUUUUAUUUUGUUCAGAUUUAGACGUAAAUAAUGCGGAAAAAAAGCGAUAUCUAGUAUAGUGUA